AUGGUUCUGAUUGUAGAUCUCUUCAACUAUUCUAAAAGUUAUGGUUUACUUCACUUCAUUGAUAGAGGCAGAGAAGGAAAAAGCAGUGCAGCUUGGGAUAAAACCAUACUCAUAGUUCAUCGAAAUGAUUCUUUAAUUUGUGGUACCCAGCUAGCUACAUUCUGGACAAAGACAUCCCUUGUGCACAUAAACUCUAUUUCGUCUAUGAGAAAGUCUGGGCUUCGAGUUAAGGAAGGUAAGUUAAGCGUGGCAUUUAACUAUAGAAGUUCUUAA